AUGGACAACCCAGGAGCUCCAGGGAUUGGGAAAGGAAAUCCGGGAAUUUUAGGUAAAGGGAAGGGGAAGGGGAAGGGAAAUCCAGGAAUUUUAGGUAAGGGGAAGGGGAAUGGGAAGGGAAAGGGAAAUUCAGGAAUUUUAGGUAAGGGGAAGGGGAAGGGGAAGGGAAAUUCGGGAAUUUUAGGUAAAGGGAAGGGGAAGGGAAAUCCAGGAAUUUUAGGUAAGGGUAAGGGGAAGGGGAAGGGGAAGGGGAAGGGAAAUUCAGGAAUUUUAGGUAAGGGGAAAGGGAAGGGAAAUCCGGGAAUUUUAGGUAACGGGAAGGGGAAGGGAAAUCCAGGAAUUUUAGGUAAAGUGAAGGGAAAGGGAAAGGGGAAGGGAAAUCCAGGAGGUCCAGAAGGUCCAGGUGAGGGAAAGGGAAAUCCAGGAAUCUUAGGUAAAGGGAAAGGACAUGGGAAGGGAAAUCCGGGAAUUUUAGGAAAGGGGAAUGGAAAAGGAAAGGGAAAUCCAGGAAUUCCAGGUAAGGGAACCGUAGGAGUUUCAGGUACGGGUACUCCAGGCACUUCGGGUAUAGGAAAUCCAGGAACUCCAGGUAAGGGUGCUUGA